AUGCUCUCACAAUCUAUACAGCGCAACUCUCCAAUCAACUUCGUCAAGAAUUACGACUUCGCGUAUCCGCAACUUAGGGCACACGUCACCUUCACAUGCGUUGCCGGACAUUUGAUGCAUGCUGAGUUUGACUCGGCGCACAGACCGUGGGCAAGUUGCGAUCCCUUUCAACUGUUUGACGCACCUAUCGAGAGGUUCAUCGAGAAGGACAAGAAGGGAAUAGCGUCAAACCUUGAACGCGAAGCCCGUGGCGCCCAAAAACUCAUCAUAUGGACCGACUGCGAUAGAGAAGGAGAAGCCAUCGGCAAGGAAAUAUCCGACAUCUGUCGAAAGGUCAACCCGCGAAUCGUAGUGAAGCGAGCGAGGUUUAGCGCGGUUAUUGCUGCGCAGAUCCAUAACGCUAUGCAACAUCCCGUUGAGCUAGACCUCGCUCAGGCCGCCGCAGUCGACGCGCGCAUUCUGCUGGACCUGCGUAUAGGUGCUGCGUUCACACGUAUGCAAAGUAAGGCUUUAUGGGGCCAGGUAGCACAAUGCAACGAGAAACUCAUUAGCUACGGUCCAUGUCAAUUUCCCACGCUUGGCUUCGUCGUCGCACGUUUCAAUCAGGUUCGCUCCUUCGUGGCAGAGGAAUUCUACUACAUCCACCUCGCACUCACUCGACCUGAUGAUGCAACGCAUGAAGAUGUUGAAACUACCUUUACUUGGCGACGCGGGCACCUUUUUGACCGCGAAGUUGCGCUAGCGAUAUAUGAAGGCGUUCUUGAUGACACGCACGCAAGGGUGAUUGAGGUCAAGAAGAAGGAUGUGAAGAAAUGGAAGCCACUGCCAUUGACCACCGUCGAGCUACAGAAGUCAGGGUCAAGGUUGCUGAAGCUCUCGCCGAAAAAGAUCCUGGACAUAGCUGAAAAGCUCUACCAAGACGGUUUCUUGUCCUACCCACGUACAGAAACGGACCAAUAUGACCCUGCAUUCGACUUCAAGACGUUGAUCGAGAAGCAGACGGCUGACGCGAACUGGGGUGGAUUUGCCGCGCAGCUGAACAACAUCCCCGGCAAGUUUGCGCCGCCACGUCGAGGCAAGCACAACGAUAACGCCCAUCCGCCCAUUCACCCUACCGCGCAUGCGGCGAACCUUACCGGUGAUAAUGCACGUGUGUACGCGUUUGUUACGCGGCGUUUCCUGGGAAGUUGCUCGCUCGAUGCGCUCGGUCAUGAAACGAGCGUCAAGGUCGAGUACGGCGGCGAGGAAUUCACCGCAUCUGGCCUUGUCGUACUCGAGCGCAACUACCUCGAUGUGUAUAUCUACGACAAGUGGGAGGGCAAGCGCGUACCAGAGUUCAGGGAAGGCGAGACAUUUGUUCCCACUGUCUGCGAACUCAAGAUCGGCGAGACAACCAGCCCGAAGUACCUCACGGAAGCGGAUCUUGUCGGGUUGAUGGACAAGAACGGCAUUGGCACGGACGCCACCAUAGCGGACCACAUUGCCAAGGUUAUCGAUCGCGAAUAUGUCGUGCAAAAGAUUGAGGGCGGUACGACAUAUCUUCUUCCCUCGAGACUCGGAAUGGGGCUUGUCGACGGUUACAACUCGAUUGACUUCGACCGAAGCCUGAGCAAGCCGCAACUUCGACGUAUGACCGAGCGUAGUAUGGUCGAAGUGUGCGAAGGCACGAAGACGAAGCACGACAUGCUCAAUGAGUCUAUUGAGCAGUAUCAAGAUAUGUACGUGCGCGCGCAAGCCAACUUCGCGCGAGUCGUCGACAAUGUCAGGCGCUAUCUCGAUGCACCUGCCGCCGGCGCUGGCGGUAAUGCGCGUGGAGGGCGUGGCGGUGGACGUGGUGCACGUGGAGGGCGAGGUGGGCGAGGCGGCGGUGGCGGUGCAGGCCGAGGGAACGGUGGCGGAGGCUCAGAUAACGAUAAUGACGACUUUGGUGGAGGUGAUCCGGCGCCUGCUAGAGGACGUGGGCGAGGAAGGGCGCGAGCACGCGCCGCUGCACCCGCUUCGCGAGGGCGUGCUGCGCCGCCGCCGCCGCCUCCUCCAGCCCCAGCACCCGCCCCUGCGCCUAUCGUCGUCGUCGACGAUGAUGACGAGGACUACUGGGCUGCCAUAGACGACAUGGACACACAACCUGCAGCCGCGCCGAAGCCACCCAAUGCAGCAGCACGCAAACCAUUAUCCGCGAUCGCUCCCAAACCGCCUCCAGUCGCCGCGCCGAAAUCGUCAUCGACCAUCAAGCCACUAUCGACAUACAACCCGCCCGCCGCAUCCUAUGCCAAUCAGAACGCACAAGCGUCUUCGUCACGUCUACCCCCUCCACCUCCACCGGACGCAGGAGAGAACCCGAUCUACUGUAUGUGUGGCAACCCCGCGCGGAUAUUGUCCGUGGUGAAGGAGGGCGACAAUAAGGGCCGUGGGUUUUGGAGGUGUGCGAGGCCGAGGGAUGGGCCCGAGCCACAGUGCGACUUCUUCCAAUGGGCAGACGAGGAUGGCCCGAAGGGAGGGUCGGGCGGUGGUGGACGCAGCACUGGAGGAGGUGGCGGCGGUGGAAGUGCUGCGACAGUGCCAGCCAAACGACGUUUCGGCGACGCGAGCGCGCCCGGCGGUAGAAGAUGCGACUGUGAUCUUACGGCUGUACGCAAGACCACUCAGAAGGAGGGACCCAAUAAAGGGCGUGAUUUCUGGGCUUGUCCUAGCAGCCAGAGCGCGAAGUGCGGGUUCUUUGAGUGGGCAGAUGAGCCGGCCGGUGCAUGGGCAGGUGAUCCUACUGGUGGUGGUGGUGGUGGUGCGGCUGGUAUGGGAGGGACGGGAGGUGGGGGUGGAGGUGAAGGAAGAGCAGGGGGUUGCUUCAAGUGUGGGCAAGAGGGUCAUUGGUCGAAUGCAUGUCCGAACGCUCCGACUGGUGGUGCGGGCGCCGGGCGAAGUCAAGGCGGGGGUGGAACGCAGACGGGGACGUGCUUCAAGUGCGGCGAAGAAGGACACUGGUCCAACGCCUGUCCGAAUCCAGAUGCCGGCGGCGGAGGUGGGUUCAAGCGCAGCAAGACUAUGCCUUCUGCCUCGGGUGCCUCUGCAAGUGCCGAAUGCUUCAAGUGCCACCAAACAGGACACUAUAGCCGCGAUUGCCCGAAUGAAGGUGAGAGCGGUGGUAGUGGGCGCGGACGAGGGCGGGGAAAGGCGCGCGGCACCGCUCGCUCAGGGUCGGGCUCGUUUCCCAAGCGUGGGCGGGGUCGUGGCAAAGGUACGGGGCGGGGUAAGAGCAAGUCGAGCGGCGCAGGGAAGUUCGGCUCGAUGGAGGACUUCUACUUCUGA